AUGAUGCGCGUUUUGUUCCUCUCCAUGCUCCUUGCUGUCUUGAUCGCCAUGGCAUCUGCUUCCCACCAUGACGAAUCCGGUCGUGCGCUUCGUACCCCUGCUUCCCACCAGCCCAAGCAUGAGACUCGCAAACUUGAUGAAAGUGGAGACAGUGGAGACAGUGGAGAUAGUGGAGACGGUGAAGGUGAAAGUGGUGAUGAUGCUGAUGAUACUGAUGAUGAGGACUGCUAUGAUGCGUGCUGGGGUGAUGCUACUGACGAAGACAUCGAUGCCUGGACUGAGGACCAAUGGGUUGAAUGGGAGACGUGUACUGAUGCAGCCUGCGAUUGCGCCGAUGACGAAUGCGCAGCUGAUCCGGAUUGUGUGGAGGCUGCCUCCUGUGCUUAG